AUUCAAGAAAACUAUCGAGAACGGCUUGAUCCCAUUUGCCUUCUCUAUGCUUAAAAGUAAUGAAUUGUUUUGUUUACAUUUAAAAGUAAUGGGUGGAAAAAGUUAUUAUUGCGACUACUGCUGCUGCUUUAUGAAAAACGAUCUGAAUGUGAGGAAAUUGCACAAUGAUGGCAUUUCACACACAAUCGCCAAGACCAAUUAUAUGAAGCGUUACGAGAGUCCCAAAAAAAUUUUGACUGAAGAGCGCCAGAAAACUCCUUGCAAACGAUACUUCGGCGGCUACUGCAAGUUCGAAAUGUAUUGCAAGUUUACCCACUAUAGUGGAAAAGAGCUACAGGAACUGGAGAAGUUAGUUCUCGCUAAGAGGACGAAUUCCCGAAAGAAAAAUAAAUGCAAGAAGUGGCCAUGGAAAACGCAUCUACAAAAGGGUUUACCUCCUUCUUUACAAUCCAUUAAUCCAGCAAAGCUCAAACAAACGGACUUUAAGCACAGCUGGGGCUAAAUAUAUUUACAAAAUACACAAUUAAUGUCAAGAA